AUGUCUACUCUUAUCAAGCACUCGCUCUUAGCUUCAGUGCUAGCUACCACAUCCUUUGCUCAAAACACUUCUAAACCAGAAUCUCAAUCUUUGACAUGCGACGAUCUCUCUGAAAGCCUGGCAUACAACGCUUCCAUCAUCCAGAAUACAACGGCCCUAAACCUCGUAUGGCUUGGAGACGAGGAGAGGGUGGCCAUCACAGAAGACGACCAAACUACUUGGACAAUCUCGUCGUACAUUGGGCCUGGGUAUGAUGGCGGCAUGGCGAAGUACGACGAGAACGAAACCCAAGCUGUUCUAUGGCUUGACACUGGAGACUCGAACAUGGAGCGUCUAGGCGAUAUAAUUGGCCUAUGUCAUAGCUUUGUUCCUUUGCAGAACCGCACCACUGGAGAUUUGACAUGGAGCAGAGAGGUAUUGGAGAGGGCCUCGGAAGAUGAUGGGGAUUGCAAGACCAUGUUGGGAACAGAGUGUGUAGAGGCGCUCGAGUCAUGGUAUCGAAGACAAGGACAAGCUGCAUGGAACGAUGACCAGUACCCGCCCUGCUCUGCCAUCCAGAACACUAUACCUUCUGAAUGUGAAGGCAUGCUAUCUGAGGCUGUGACGAUGGAUGUUGUCCGCCUCAACACUUCCGCUGAAGACCGCAUUUGGAAAUGGGACCAAGGCAUUAACAUAACUUCAUUCUCCGAUGACGUCACUGUACCUACAUGCGGCGACCGAAAUCUUAGCAGCAGCUGGGGUAACAGGAUCUACCAAACGAUUGACUACGACGUAGCGCUUAACUUUCCCAUUGUGGACAUCAUGACUUUCUACCCUACAGUUUCCAGUACCAGAGGAGGCAGCAGCCGGGAAACUCAUGCGAAGGUGGUUUGUUUAAAGCCUGAAAAUAUACAGGAGGGAAGUCGGGCUCCGAGGAGUGUGAAAGAGGUACUUGAUGAGCACUAUGGCCCACACGAUGACGAGUCCGGUGCCGAGAGAGUCCUUGGACGAGGUGGUGAGGCUGUGCUAGCGUUGGCUUCUAGUAUAGGAGUGGGACUUUGGCUCCAACUAUGA